AUGCUCAAAGUUCUGCUCCCCAAUGGCAAGGAGGCUUGGGUAAACUAUGUGGAUGUGGAUGUGGACCAGAAGAAGGAGGAUCCGAAACCUGCCGCCGCGGAUCCACCGGCCGAGUCACGAGGUGAUGCGCAGGUGGAUGAUGAAGAGUCCUCGGAAAGCGAAGCCGAGGAGGCCGUCUAUGUGAAAGAGGAGCAGGUGCAGAUGCCGGCAGGGCCAGUCGGGCGACGCGGCGAGCGAUCGGUGAUCUUGACCCCUGCACGGCGCGACGGAGCGAUCGCAGCAGCUGAGCUGCGCCGGCUUCGAGCCGUGGAAAGUGCGAAGGAGGGAGAUCAGAAGGAGGUCCUUCUGAAGUCCCUGCUCUACAGCCAG